AUGGCCGAUCAAGAUCCUCAAUCACCUAAUCCGGAGUCUGCAUCUACCCCAAACAAACCUAAGCGUUCUCCUCCUAAGUUAGGAAAGAAGUCCCCUGCCAAACAAGAACAGACUCCCCCUCCUUCAGAGCAAGAACAAGACGAGAACAAAGAGUCGAAGGAAGAAGAGACUACUGAGGAUCAAGAGCAAGAAAAGGAACAAGAAAAGGAUCAGGAGCAAGAGCCUGAACCCCACAAGCAAGAGCCUGACUCGGACGAAGAAAAGCACGAGGAACAGAAGCAAGAAGACGCUCAACCCGAGCCCGAACCCCAACCAGAACCUCAACAGCGACGUCGUCGUCGUCCUCAGCGCAAACAAGAGUCAGACGUCGAGUCAGUUCACCGCGGCGAUAUGGACGGUCAACAGCAGCAGCGUCCCCGAACUCGGCGUACGCGCCAGCCCCAGCAGCAACAGCAAGGCAGUGGUCCCCUUGAUAGCCUCGGUGGUCUUGGUGGUGUUGACCAAGCUGGCCAGCUGAUCCAGAAUACCGCCGGUAAUGCACUGAACGGUGUAACUGGAUCAGCAGGCAAGGCUGUUGGCGGGAUCCUUGGUGGUGGACAAAAGGAGGAAAAGGAAGAUAGUGGUGGUCGGGAUGAGCAGUUGCGAUUGCGAUUGGAUCUCAAUCUGGAUAUUGAGAUUCAGCUUAAGGCAAAGAUCCAUGGUGAUUUGACCCUAGGAUUGCUUAAUUAA